CGUGAAAGAACUGUAAUCAUUAUACUCGAAAGAAAUUUUCAAGGAUCGAAAAGGGUGAAAGCUUAAAAGAAAAUAGACAUAACCAGUAAAUAACUGGGAAGAAAUUCACGAUGUUCACUAGACAUUAAUUUAAUGACCAGGUUCAGCUGAUAUUAUUCGUCAUGACAACUGUGAAAAUUCAUGGUGGAAUCGACAUCUUACGUUUGCCUGUUAAUCAAGAUGAAUGUGUUUAUCCACCAUGGCACAUUAAAUAUACACAGUCUCAUAUACUACAUUCUAAAUGCUCCAAAAGUGAAAAUGGCUGUAGCGAGAAGGAUGCUGAACCAUGCCAAUUUUGCAUUUUCAGCCAAACAUUAGACCUACCACAUAUGCCAGACAUGGUAUUUCCAAACAAUAUAUUAAUUUUAAAGCAUCAAAAUGGUGCUGACAUACACUUCAAUGCUUUAGAUGCCUUGAAAACUGUUUCAAACGGGAAAGUUAAUGUACAACUAGCAUGUGCAGAAGCUUGGAAAGAAUCUAGGUCAGAGACCAGUGAGUUUUUGGAAGAAAAGAUAAAACCGUUUGAUUGGACAUUUACAACCAACUACACUGGAACAGCAGCUAAUUUUAAAGUUCAAGAUACUAACGAGAGAAUCGAUAUGGAUAAAUUGAAAAAGAGAGAAAAGAUUUUAUUUUAUAAUGAUUUAACGCUGUUUGAAGACGAACUUCAUGACAAUGGUAUUGCAGUUUGCUCUGUGAAGAUUCGUGUUAUGCCCAGCGGUUUUUUCAUUUUGCUAAGAUAUUUCCUGAGAAUCGAUAAUGUAAUGAUAAGAAUAAACGAUACUCGGAUUUAUCAUGAGUUUGGGCAGGACUAUUUGUUGAGAGAGUAUACAACAAGAGAAGCGAAGGUUGAAGAAAUACGCGCUCCACCUUCACUCUUUAUAGAACCAAGCGAAAUAGCACCAUAUUUACCGUUAACCGGAAGCUACUAUCACAAACUAAUAAUUCUUCCAAACAAAACAGAGUCAGUCACAAACAAUGCAUUGGCUAAUGAAAAAGUAAAUGACGACGAAGUCGUUAGCACCAGUACAAAUAAAACAGACAAUUCUGUUACUUAAAACUAGCACAUGCAACGAAAAUAUCAAAGUCCACGAUAAUUAAUAAAUAAACGUCUACUGAUAAAAUUAAACACUGUCAGAAUUUCAGGAGCAAUAGAAUAAUUACAAAGUUUGUACGCGAUUCACCGUGACAUCGUAAAAGCUUC